AUGAGACAGAAAGGAAAAAAAUAUAUAGAAGCGUUGAUGAGAGAAUCGAUCAGUGAAAGAUGCAUAUCGAACCAGCUGCUGCAGAGACGACAUGAGAAGGAGUUGAUUGAAUUGAACAGCAAGCAUCAAGCAAAACUUCACAAGGAACAAAAUCAACAAAACAUCGCUCAACGUAUGCUUUUAGAAAAAGUUAUAAGUAAUUCGAUGAAAUUCAAAGUUGAAUCUUCAGUUGAAAAGAUUAAACAAGUUCACUCAGAAGAAGUGAAUGAAAAAUAUUUGGCCAAGUACAGCAAACAUUAUUACGUUUGCCACAAAAUUGUGCGUGAUAUUAUAGACAUGUCUGCUCUAUUUUCCAUGCUUAAAGAACUUCACAACCAAAAAGUUCCUGACGACAUAAUCAUGGAUAGUCACAUGAUGUUCAUGAAAAGUCAGCCUUUCAAUGAGCUGAUUGGAACGGACACAAAUGCUCACAGCUCCAAUAUUGACCUAAAUAAUUUUUACACAACUCUUGAUUUCCAAAGCUAUUUGAAAAUGUCAAAUAUGUGGAGUCCUACUGAAAAUGUCAAAAUCGUAAUCACGAAAAACAACCCAGUUCUUUGGCAUGUUAUGAGCAAUGUCCACAAUUUUUCACGCCUAAAACAGGCCGCUCCUCCGCCAAACUUUCCCCACCAUAGCCUAAAGAUUUGCGUCAUUGGCAAACCGUCAUCUUACAAAAGUGCUGUCUGCAUUGCUUUGGCCGCAGCAUUCAGCUUAAUGAUUAUAUCGGUAGACCAGUGCGUAUACGAUGCCAUCCAAGCUUUUCAGAACAAUGAAACGAUGCUCUUUGAAUGUCUUCCCACCGAUAACAACAUCGAUCCUCGGAGAGAAAGUCUUCAAAAUCAAGAAGUUAAAACAAGCGUCGAAACCAAUUUGAAUGUCGAGACUGGCUUAACAGGCGAAUUCGAUGAAAAUACCGUUGAAGAAGAUGUAAAUGAUGGUCUCGGCAUGCAUGUUGAAGAAAAGUUAACUGAAAGAGCAGAGUUAGGAAAACUCGCGAAAUACUGCAUUGAUUAUGGAGGGGUGGUUGAUGACGAGAUCAUCAUCAAAAUUCUUUUACAUGCCAUAAGUUUCGUUAACCAUUCACGAUUUAUUUGUGUCAUUAAUUUAUUUUCUCAGUAA